AAAAAAAAAGAAAGCCCUCGGCGAGUAGGAAGUAAACCUUCGACUCUGGCGCUGCCCUUAGCUUCCCCCAUCAAAUGUCGCUGUUGUUGGGUGAUGAGGGCAACGAAAGCCUGUUCUUGCGUUUACAAUAAAACCCUACUUAACAGGGGACUAAACGCUACAAGAGAUGAUGGCUACGCGCAUCCGCUCGGGCCGCCCUGACAUCCCAUUUUCGCUUGCGUGCGCCUCGAAGGGCCGGAUGAGGGAGCAGCAACUUGCCGCAGAUCAAUCAACGAUAAUCAUAUCGGCAUGGCCAGCCCGGUAUUGCUUGCUGCUUCGAAUCAAACGAGGCCUUCCCUUGAAACAAGCAGCAUUAUUUCUACGUUGCACAGGUGGAUGGUGUCAUCGGAGUGGCCGCUGCAAACGGAAACGCCGCUCGCACGCUCGCUCUCCCUCGCGUGCACAAGGACGCAAUCGGGGACGUGUGCGACCAUGGCCGGAAAUGUUUGCGACGCAUACGGGCCACUUCUGGACGUGUAGGUAUGUGUGUCUACUGUCCAGCGCCCCGGGACGGAGCCGCACUCUCCCCCUUCUCGGUCCAGAGCCCGGUUGUGCGAGGCCCCGCCACCCCGGCUGGGUUCCUGGACCUUCAAACAUGGGCCUUGUCCCCGAGCCCCUUCAGGCAGUCUUAUCCACGGGCCGCUCUGCUCCAGCUUUGAUCCCUGUGGGGCCUCUCUCUCCCAUCUUUUUGAACGACCCUGUCGUUUCAGGACGCAAAAGCUUAGUGACAAGCUCUCGUCAGGGAGCAUCAAUGGCGAACCCCAUCAAUCAGCAAGGGCGAGAAGAAUUAGAAAUGGAAAAAGAAGGGCAGAACCGGCGUAACCGUGCGAUCCCGAAUGGUGUCCGUCACGACCCCCUUCUACCGCUGACCGGACUCUACCAAUCUAGAUGGCCAGGCCAGUCAGUCGGUUGCCCUCGCGCGCCAAUACUCAGUAUGGGGCCGACUACCCCGGCCUUCAGCCGCGCCUCCCAAUUUCUAACCGUGUCCUGUUCCGGCGUCGUCACCAGUUGGGAGUGCCGAGAUGGGUUUGCAUCCCUGUCCCUGCACACUCACUGUCUGGGGUGGUGAUAUCUCAAUGUUGUAUCAAAGGUAGGUGCGGCAGACCAAAGCCUGUGCGCCGGUAGGAGACUUCAGGAUGAGCCUGUCAGCUCGGCAAAACAAGGCGAGGCUUCCCAAGAAGCGCCCCUUUGACGCCGUUUAGCUAUACCAGAGCGAGCGGCGGCUCGUCGCCCUCCUUGAUCAAACCAUUGAAUGGUUUCAUUGCCAGG